UCAAUGGAAAUCUGAGGUGCAUAUUUUUCUCAUACUUAAAGUUUUUUUUCCGCUCUUUCAUUGUUAACUACAACUGAAAUUUAAUGUUGAGCGAGUUGUUGGUAUUAAACUUACAAAUCCGACAUGAGUGACGACAUGAAAAGAUGCAAUUAUUUGCCACCUCAACCCCAAGGGGGCGGCUAUUCGCAACAGAAACAGGAUCAGUAUAAUCAAUAUCUUCGUAAACUGCAACAAGAUUUUAAACAAAUAUGGGGUGAGAAAACUGAAGAAUCAGUAGCAAAAUUAACUGAUUUUGAAAAACAAAAAGUUUUAGGAACUGGAGCGUUUGGUAUAGUUUACUUAGCAAAACAUAUUGCUAGCGGAAAAUAUUACGCUAUGAAAAUGUUGGAAAAAGAAAAAAUAGUAAAAUUAAAACAAAUUGAACAUAGCUUCUACGAAAAGAAAAUUUUAAUUGGUCUCAAUUUUCCGUUCGUAGUUUAUAUGAAGUAUUUCUUUAAAGACAAUGUAUAUUUAUAUUAUAUCUUACCUUUUAUCCCUGGAGGAGAGAUGUUUUCUCAUUUACGUAAAAUGGGCAAAUUUGAAGAAUCAGCUGCCAAAUUUUACGGCGCUCAAGUGGUUCUAGCCCUAGAAUAUCUCCACGCAUGCGAGCUAGUCUAUCGAGAUCUUAAGCCGGAAAAUAUUUUGAUAGAUAGAACAGGAUACAUAAAAAUAACAGAUUUUGGGUUUUGCAAACUUAUUCAUGGUAGGACUUGGACGCUUUGUGGUACACCUGAAUAUUUGGCGCCAGAGAUUAUAUUAAGCAAAGGAUAUGGAAUGUCUGUAGAUUGGUGGUCUCUUGGAAUACUGCUCUUUGAGAUGAGCGCCGGCCAUCCUCCUUUUUAUGCUUCCGAUCCUAUGAGAAUUUAUGAAAAAAUCGUAUCAGGGAAGUAUCGUUGCCCAGCUCACUUCACUGCCGAGUUAAAAGAUUUGAUUGGUCAUGUACUCCAGGUCGAUACUACAAGAAGAUACGGUAAUUUAAAAGAUGGAAUCUUAGAUUUUAAAAAUCAUAAAUGGUUUCGAGAAAUAGAUUGGGACAAUCUUUUAAAUGGCAGAGUGCAACCACCUUUUCUUCCGAAAGUUCGGUCACCUGGAGAUACAACUAAUUUUGACGUUUUUGAUGAAGAAAAAAUUAAAGACAGUCCACUUUGCUUGUUUGAAGAUGAAUUUGCGGAUUUUUAA